UUUGCUUUGCCCUUCUGACCCUUGGACAUAUCUGUCUUUACCUUCUUAACUUUUUUGUAUCUAUCUUGUUAUCUGUGACCUUCCCAUAUUUUCACUGCCGAGCAUGAGUGUCCAGCCUGCGCCUACUUCCGACUCGGCAUUCGAUUCCACAUCCAGCUCAACAUCCAACUCCACGUCUGUCCCGACGUCCAUCUCGGAUUCCAAGUCAACUCUUAGCUCAACGCCUGACUCAACGCCCAGCUCAACGUCCCGGUCAAACUCGACGCCCAAGUCCGGUGCUUACUACCCCUCCUGGGCGACCGCCGAUUACGCACCCUCAAAGCUCGAAUUUUCUCAGUGGGAUAUUCUAUUCUAUGCAUUCGCAGCGCCUAGCUCUUCGAACGGAGUUGACCUGGAUAGCGGUGAUGCCUCGACGCUGAAGUCCCUCGUCAGUGCGGCUCAUGCCAGCAACAAUAAGACGAAGGUUGUACUCUCGAUAGGUGGAUGGGGAAACUGUAAAUAUUACUCCCAGAUCAUGGGCUCCAGCAAUAGUAGAGAUCUGUUCGUCGAUGCAGUCGUGCAAACAUAUAAUGACUACAAUCUUGACGGCAUAGACAUCGACUGGGAGUUCCCAAACGAUGAUGGUGCCGGCGACGGGCAAGGAAAGUCGCCAGAUGAUGCUGCAAAUCUGCUCACGUUCUUCCAAGCACUCCGCGCAAAGCUUGGGAACGAUGCGAUAAUUUCAGCCGCCGUCACUGACCAGCCCUUCAAGGGACCAGACGGCAACCCGCUCUCGGAUGUGUCGGAUUACGCCAAAGUGAUGACCUACGUCAACCUCAUGAACUACGACACAGUCGGGGCAUCGUCCACACCAGGGCCGAACGCCCCUUUGGGCGACCUCUGCGGCACGUCCACGCAUAAACAGAGCAGCGCCCAGGCCGGGCUCAAGCAAUGGACCGAUGCCAACUUCCCCGCGAACCAGCUGAUGCUCGGCCUGCCCCUCUACGGCUACGUCAGCAAGAGCAGCAAGACGGAAUUACAGGAGCGCGACGUGAACUCGGAUGGGAGCGACAAGGGGAAGGGCUCCUCCUACCUCGCACGGGUGCUGGCGUUGGGGGGGAAGCAGUACGCCGUGAGCGACGACGUCCGAGAUGGCAACUCAGUGAAGAGCGAGCGAGAGUACAGCUCCGGCGACGACGACUUGCAGGCGGUGUUCGUCAACGGUGUGCGUGCCGGGCAACUCGACCCCUCUGCCAAUCAGACGGCCGAGUUGGCGAGGUCGUCGGGGUCGGGAGACCUCGGCCAGUAUAUGGGCCAGCAGAUCGCCUUCGGCGACAUCGUCGCGCUGGGUGCCUUGCAGUAUUCGGGCGGCAAGUUCACGGCUGCCAAUGGGUACACCCUCGCAAGGGACAACUGCAGCGGUCAUACUCCUUUUCUCUACGACACGUCGCGCGAGACCGUCGUUACCUACGACGACCCGACCUCGCUCGCCCUCAAGGCCCAAUUCGUGGCGAGUUCGGGUAUGGCAGGCGCAUUCACGUGGUCUCUGGACCAGGACUAUGGCAACUACGUUCUACAGAAUGCAAUAAGGGUCGCGUUGGGCCUCACUGCCAAUUGAGGUGCGGCUGCACAUGUUCUACGUAGUCGACGUG